ACACUCUCUAGAUACAUGAUGGCCGAGGGAGGCGGACCCGAGCCGGGUGGCGCGGCGGACUCCGACUCGGAGCCGGUAGCCGCUCAAAUGCUAACACCUUCAACCGAAAAUCAAAAGCAGACUAUUGGGUCACUUUUGAAGGCGACUUUAAGAAGGGGAGACGAAUGGUAUCUAAUAGACAGUCGGUGGUUCAAACAAUGGAAGAAGUAUGUUGGAUUUGACAGCUGGGACAUGUUCAAUGUUGGAGAACGUAGCCUCUAUCCAGGACCAAUUGAUAACUCUGGGCUUUUCUCAGACCAGGAGACUCAGGUCCUGAAAGAGCACCUUAUUGAUGAACUGGACUAUGUCCUCGUACCAACUGAGGCAUGGAAAAAACUUGUCUGCUGGUACGGCUGUCUUGAGGGCCAGAGACCUAUCAUCAGGAAGGUUGUUGAACAUGGCAUGUUUGUCAAGCACUGUAAGGUGGAGGUCUAUUUGCUGGAGCUGAACUUGUGCGAGAAUGACAACAUGGACAAUGUUGUCACACGUCAUUUCAGUAAAGCUGAUACUAUAGACACUAUAGAGAAGGAGAUGAGAACGCUGUUCAAUAUCCCAUCAGAGAAGGAGACACGGCUCUGGAACAAAUACAUGAGCAACACCUACGAGCAGCUGAACAAACCAGACAGCACAGUCCAGGAUGCUGGUCUCUUCCAGGGGCAGGUGCUUGUGAUUGAGCGGAGGAAUGAGGAUGGCACAUGGCCCAGACAAGCCUCCCAUCCCAAAUCCAGUACUACCCCAUCCAGGAAUUUCACGACUUCCCCAAAACUCUCCUCCAACUCAACAGCCAGUAUCUCCUCAACAGUAACCAAUGGAGACAGUAGCUGUAGCCCUGGCUACACACUCAACAACAGCACAUCCUCUGGUAACAGAUUGGGGGGCUACAAUUCAUACAGCUCCUCCUACAACUACAGGGAGUCACAGUCACAGCCUGGCCUGUGUGGUCUCAGUAAUUUGGGCAACACGUGCUUCAUGAACUCUGCCCUCCAGUGCCUGAGCAAUGCAUCUACACUCACAGAGUACUUCCUCAAUGACCAAUAUGAGGCAGAGAUUAACCGAGAGAAUCCCCUGGGAAUGAGGGGAGAGAUUGCAGAGGCCUACGCAGAUCUAGUCAAGCAGAUGUGGCUGAGCCGCAGCAGCUACGUGGCCCCACGUACUUUCAAAACCCAGGUCGGACGUUUUGCCCCCCAGUUUUCAGGCUACCAGCAGCAGGACUCCCAGGAGUUGUUGGCGUUCCUGCUCGAUGGGCUCCAUGAAGAUUUAAACCGUGUCAAGAAGAAGCCUUAUCUGGCUGUGAGGGAUGCUGAGGGCCGUGCAGAUGAGACUGUUGCAAAGGAAGCCUGGACAAACCACCGUUUGCGCAAUGACUCCAUUAUAGUUGAUAUUUUCCACGGCCUCUUCAAAUCCACUUUGGUAUGCCCAGAAUGCUCCAUGGUGUCAGUAACCUUUGACCCAUUCUGCUACCUCACACUGCCUCUGCCCAUGAAGAAGGACCGUACUAUGGAAGUUUUCCUGGUGCGAUCAGACCCUCAGUCCAGGCCAACACAGUAUCGAAUGGUGGUCCCCAAACUGGGAACAGUGACCGACCUUUGCAUCGCCUUGUCCAAACUCUGUGGAUUCCCUCAGGAAAACAUGGUGGUGGCUGACGUAUACAAUCAUAGGUUCCAUAAAAUCUAUAGACGGGAUGAUGGUCUCAACCAAAUCAUGGAAAAAGAUGACAUCUUUGUGUAUGAGGUACAGGAAGAGGACAGUGAGAGGAUGAACCUCCCUGUUUAUUUCAGGGAGCGCCACUCCAAGCAUGCAGGAAGUUCCUCAAGCACCAUGCUGUUUGGCCAGCCUUUACUCAUCACCGUGCCCAGACACAACCUCAUAGCAGACGUUCUUUAUGACAAGAUCGUCGAGAGAAUUGGGCGCUAUGUAAAAAAAACCCAGAGCCCCAACAGUGAAAGCAGGCCGUCGGCCUCUGCGUCGGCUUCAGCGUCGGCCUCUACGUCGGCCUCUGCGUCGUCCCCUCCGACAGCCUCAGUGUCAUCCCCAGCGUCGGCCUCGGCGACCGUUGCCAGCUGCAGUCAGGCUCCUGAAUGUUCCACAUCGUCUAGCCUCAAUGCCAGCCUGGGUGGCUGUGGCAGCCCCCUGUCAGACGGGGCCUCGUGCAGUGCCAGUUCCAGUAAUGGCAGCAACCACUCAGAGACCUGCAAUGAAACUAAUGGUUUAUAUGAUGGUGAGGAGGAGGCCAUGGACCACCAGGUGAGUCCCGAGCGAGAGAAUGGCCAGUCCGAAGAGGAUGAAGAAGAGACCUCUGACUUGGAAAAUGGGUCGAAAGGAGCCUCAGCCAAGCAGAGCUCUUCACCAGCCAAGCUCUUCACUUUCAGCAUCGUCAACUCUUACGGAACAGCUAACAUCAGCCCGCUGCCCUGUGAUGGAAAUGUCCUUAAACUGAAUCCACAUUCCACGGUGGCCAUCGACUGGGACGCAGCAUCCAAGAAACUGAGCUAUGAUGAACAGGAAGCCGAGGCCUAUGAGAAGCAUGAGAGCAUGCUCCAGGCCCAAAAGAAGAAAGCCACCGUGGCUCUGAGGGAAUGCAUCGAGCUCUUUACAACAAUGGAGACACUUGGAGAACACGAUCCAUGGUAUUGUCCAACAUGUAAGAAACACCAACAGGCCACCAAAAAGUUUGACUUGUGGUCGCUGCCCCAGAUUUUGGUGGUUCAUCUAAAGCGGUUCUCCUACAACCGGUGUUGGAGGGACAAGCUGGACACAGUGGUGGACUUUCCCAUCAGGGAUCUGAACAUGUCCGAGUUUGUGUGCGAUCCUAAGGCCGGCCCCUUUGUAUAUGACCUCGUUGCCGUGUCCAACCACUACGGAGGAAUGGGAGGGGGUCACUACACUGCUUAUGGCAAGAAUAAAGUGGACGGAAAGUGGUAUUACUUUGAUGACAGCAGUGUCUCCUCUGCCUCAGAGGACCAGAUUGUGACUAAAGCAGCCUAUGUGCUGUUCUAUCAGCGCAGAGACGAGGAAGCCCCCUCCAAACCUCAGCCUUCGGGCUCACUGGGAGGAGCCCCAGAAGCAGCCGAUGACCACAUGGACACAAACUGAGAAGCCCUGAUGCGAAGGGACACGCACUGAAACAUAUAUGGCAAAUUGAGACACUCGGACACACACACAAAGCUACUUUAGUGACAGAGGACUCCACAGACUUAACAUUAUUAACCCAACCUUCCCCGUAUUUUAUUUGAUUUCUGUCUCAAAUGUUGUCAACUAGAGCCAACAGCCGCGUCAGAGAGUGACCUGAGAGACUUCGUCCCUGCAGCAGACGGCCUCCUGAUUUCUGAUCAUAGUUUACUAGUCUGGAACUAAAGAGGAGUAUGGAUAUAGAUCCUCUCACUGGAUGAGCAGAAUGUUAGAAGUGCCCUCAAAUGCGUCGAUAAACAAAUGCUUCUGUUGCCCACAACAGUCAGACAUAUUUAAAAAAGCCAAAUGCACAUGUUUCAACCAAAGCGUUCCAAGGUUUUUAUGAUGAAAUCUAACAACUGUUAAGACAUUAGCAGGGUAUUGGCAUUGUUCCUCGAUGCAUCUCUGAUAAUUUUGCUGAUGUAAAUGCAUACUCUUGACAGUGUGAUGUGCACACAGAACAAUACAUGCCAUGCUUGUUGAAAGAAUCCUGUGACCUUAUUUCAGCUGCGUAAAGUGGAUCACUGAUGGGCAGAUCCAAACCACAGAGGGGUGUCUUGUCUCAAGGUUAAGAGCUGCGUCUUGACAUGAUUUGUGGCAGAAGCCGUUUUCCUUGUUCAGCCAUCUGUUUGUGUUCUAUGAUGCACAGAAUGGGCUCUGCUGCUUCGCAUACCCUCAACUUAUGAGAGGACUCUUACCCUGCUCACGAUCUUUAUUGCCUUUUUUUUGUAAUGACAAUGCAAACGCGGCCUUUUGAUUCCUGCAACCUGACUAAAAAGGGGGCACUUUGAAUUCUCCAUAAGUACAUUAUCAUUAUCUACCUGCUUCUGGUGCAUCAAGACAUCACAGGAUUGUAUGAUUUGGCCUUAGCAUUAAGGGUUAUGGUCUGUCAUACACUUCCAGAUCAUUAUAAUGUAUCUUAUAAGCAUUUUUUGAUUGCUGCCUGAUCAGACCCCUCGCUCACCUGCAAUGGCUUGUCCUUAUUAGUCUUGUACAUUAAUGCAGUGCUAUAUUGAAAUGGCUGUUAUUUGAUAUCUUCAAAGCACACUGAGUGAAGCAAAAUAAACUAGUAUAAAAGUG